AAGGGACAGCGGUACGCCUUCUACUGCAUGUCCCAGAACACACUUCGGCAUUUGCGCUGUGUGUAUGUGAGGCAGAGAGAGAGAGAGAGAGGAAGAUUUAGGAAUUCGUCUGCAGACUUGGAGCUGCGCUGUUACAGAAUAAUGCCUUCCCCUGUGUGUGUUUUGAGGGUUUGCAGAUGCUGGUCACUUUUUACAGUUUCCCUCAAUAAAUGGUUGAUAAGGCUCUGGGUCAGUGCUGCCUUCCGCCAGGCAGCUGUUUUUGUGUUUGUUCCUGCUGCCUCAGCUGUGUGCAUGUCUCAAGAGGAGGAUCACAAAAGUCAAAAAGGCACAAAUCAUCACUGCAUGGCCUAGCAGUCCAGCUAACUGCUAACUGUACAUUUGUGUGUGCUUCGGGUUAUGAGCAGUGGUAUAACGCCUCACUCGAACUGAUACUCCGGGGGAGGAGCAGCAGCAGCCGCCACAGUAUUCCCCCGCCCCCCUAGCUAACUCCGGCAACAGGAGCACGAUGGAGGCUUCAUUCGGCGCUACCUUCUCAGCCGUGGCUGCUGGAGCUAAAGCAGAAGCGUCCAGCAACUACAAGCAGCACAGAAGAACUCCCUCCUCCUCCAGCACUCUAACCUACUCUCCCCGGGAUGACGACGAUGGAAUGCCUCCUAUCGGUACCCCUCGGAGGUCAGAUUCAGCCAUCUCAGUGCGAUCUCUCCAUUCCGAGUCCAACAUGUCUCUGCGUUCCACUUUCUCUCUCCAUGAAGAGGAGGAGGACACGGAGCCCCUGGUGUUUGCUGAACAGCCAUCCGUAAAACUGUGCUGCCAGCUCUGCUGUAACGUCUUCAAGGACCCCGUCAUCACCACAUGUGGGCACACCUUCUGCAGACGAUGUGCCUUGACUUCAGACAAGUGCCCAGUGGAUGCGGCUAAGCUAACAGUCGUGGUGAACAACAUUGCUGUAGCCGAGCAGAUCGGAGAGCUGUUCAUUCACUGUAAAUACGGCUGCAGGGCCACGGCCAGCGCCGCAGGCGGGGCGGCGGCCUCUACCACCACAGUUGCCGGGAAACCUGGAGCGUUCGAGGUGGACCCAAUGGGAUGCCCGUUCACCAUCAAACUGGCCACACGCAAAGAACAUGAGGUCAGUUGUGACUACAGGCCGGUCCGCUGCCCCAACAACCCUUCCUGCCCCCCGCUGCUCACCAUGAACCUGGAGGCUCAUCUCAAAGAAUGUGAGCACAUCAAGUGUCCACACUCCAAAUACGGCUGUACGUUCAUCGGUAACCAGGACACGUAUGAAACACACCUGGAGGUGUGUAAAUUUGAGGGUCUGAAGGAGUUUCUGCAGCAGACUGAUGACAGGUUCCAUGAGAUGCAGCUGACUCUGGCCCAGAAGGACCAAGAUAUCGCAUUCCUGCGCUCUAUGUUGGGCAAACUAUCUGAGAAGUUGGAUCAGCUAGAGAAGAAUCUGGAGCUCAAAUUUGAUGUGUUGGAUGAGAACCAGAGUAAACUGAGCGAGGACCUGAUGGAAUUUCGUAGAGAUGCUUCCAUGCUUAACGAUGAGUUGUCCCACAUCAACGCCAGGCUCAACAUGGGAAUCCUGGGCUCAUACGACCCCCAGCAGAUCUUCAAGUGUAAGGGGACAUUUGUUGGCCACCAGGGUCCCGUUUGGUGUCUGUGUGUCUACUCCACUGGAGACCUACUCUUCUCCGGAUCCUCAGAUAAGACUAUCAAGGUGUGGGACACCUGCACCACCUACAAGUGUCAGAAAACCCUUGAGGGUCACGAUGGCAUCGUACUGGCUCUGUGUAUCCAAGGAAACCGGCUGUACAGUGGCUCUGCAGACUGCACCAUCAUCGUGUGGGACAUCCAGACCUUGCAGAAAGUCAAUACCAUCCGUGCCCAUGACAACCCUGUGUGCACACUGGUCUCCUCCCACAACAUGUUGUUCAGCGGCUCCCUCAAGGCCAUUAAGGUGUGGGACAUCGUGGGCACGGAGCUGAAGCUGAAGAAGGAGCUGACCGGUCUGAAUCACUGGGUGAGAGCACUGGUGGCCUCCCAGAACCACCUGUACAGCGGCUCAUAUCAGACCAUCAAGAUUUGGGACAUCCGCUCUCUGGAGUGUGUCCACGUCCUGCAGACUAGCGGGGGCAGCGUCUACUCCAUCGCCGUCACCAACCACCACAUCGUCUGUGGCACCUAUGAAAACCUCAUCCAUGUGUGGGACAUUGAGUCUAAAGAGCAGGUGCGGACCCUGACAGGUCAUGUGGGAACAGUGUACGCUCUUGCUGUCAUCUCCACCCCUGACCAGACCAAAGUGUUCAGCGCCUCCUACGACCGCUCUCUCAGGGUGUGGAGCAUGGACAACAUGAUCUGUACCCAGACCCUGCUGAGACACCAGGGCAGUGUUACAGCUCUAGCCGUCUCCAGAGGGCGCCUCUUCUCCGGAGCUGUCGACAGCACCGUCAAGGUGUGGACAUGCUAAACAAAGUGUUAGCUCUGCAGGAGUCCAGUCUACUUCACAUGUCUUUGUGUGUCGAUCAGACACGAUGAACGGUAACCUUCCCACAAGAUUUCCUCCUCAACACUCGUUUGUGUGAUUUGUGAUUAGACGGCCGCAGACCAAUAAUAACCGCCACUUCACAAUCGAGCUGCAUCGGAACCAUUUUACUACGUGUUGCUUUUAAAACUUCAAACAAACCCUCUGACGUCUUGGUCCCAUCGUCAGGGCCGGGGGAUCAACUCGGGGUCACGCUCCUUAGUGACCUCAUCACCAGUGCAUUACGGGGCAAAAUAAGACAAGCUGCCUUGCAGUUGCAUCGCUCUGCACCAAAACCGAGAUGGACUGGACGCUGCAACCCUGUAACCGGAGCAGGAAGCAGAGUUUCGGACUGUAGUCCUGCCUGUCUGUAAGAACUGUACUGAUGAUGCCUAAUGCAUACUGUUCAUUAACUCUAAGGGCUGGUUUCACAAACAUGGAGUGACACCACACUCAUUCCAAACUUAUUUGUUAUGUAUCCCAGAAUGCACCAGAACAAAGGCAAGACACUUAGUUGUGACUACGUUAUUUCAUGCGAAUGAAGUAGCAGCAGUUGUGUGUUGAAAUGUAUGACACUCCCCAGAGCCUUUUGUAAUACAGCAGUUCCCCAUGAAGAAAUGAGUGAAUCAUAGUAACCACAUAGUAAACAUCCUUCCCUUAAUAUUACAGUCAAGUUAAAGUCUGUUAUUAAAGUGCUACAUGGCAGACAUCCGGUCCGGUGUAUGAGCUUAAACCGGUUUGCAUAAAAUCAAUCGGCUGCCUGUGUUUGUCAUUAUGAAAGGUUUCGGGUCAUAAAAGAAAUAGACUACAUAAACUUUCCCCUGCCGGAUUAGUGUCAAAGAAAACUAAAACCGUGCCAAUAUGGCUACGUUUUGGAUUUGAAAAACAUAGAUGAAGUAACGUCUCUCAGUCUAAUUAUCUUCCUCUCUGGAUUGGCUGCUGAGUCAAGUGCGUCACCUAGUGGUAAAAUGUAGUGUUCCGGUCCGGUGUUUGGCUAAAUAUCAAACUGGUUUGAACAGCGGCCCAACCCUACUACAUGGAUCACAUAGCUGUGGUCCCCAACAUUUAAUUGGAUGAUACAGAACGUUGAUAAUAACGUUGGCUGAGAUUCAUUGAGUGUGAACUAAAGACAUUUCUUAGCAGACGAUGUCCAGAGGGCGAGUGUUGUAUUCACGUUUCCUCCUUCCUUGUUCCGUGUGGUUGUCCCCCAGAACUCUGUGAAACCAGCCUUUAAUAAGUGAAGUCUUUAAAGAGAACGACAGAUCUAUAGAUUUACUGAGUUUUAUAUUAGUGCCAUGAUAGAGCUGUAUUCAGAGCCAUUAACGGUUGUACAGUUGUGUAUAAUAAGAGUGCUGAGUCUGGACAUGCGCCCAUGAGAAUGACUCACACCGGCCUACAUAACAGAGAGGGACAGGGAGAGAGAGGAAGUGUGCGUGUGCAUGUAUGUGUCUGUUAUUGUGUGUGUGUUUCAAUGAGUGCCAUAUGUGUGGAUGAAAAGUGUGGAAAGACUAAUGAUGUGUGGUCUUCUCCCCUCUUUCUGCCUCCCCCCCCCUCCCCCCUCUCUGAUCUCUAACUUCUACUGGUUCACACAUUAACUCUGAUUGUUGUUUAAUGACCUGAGGCAAGCAGCUGAUUGUGUGUAAUUAACCUUAAAACUCUGAAGCAUAAAUGCAUAGAAAGUGCCAUUGAGCUAAAGUGAAUUCCUGCUUUCCUAAAUUAUGUUUCAGGACCCAUAUUGGGUUGAAAAUAUGAAAACUGACUAAAUAUGCCUGGGAGGAUAGUUUUAAGUUCAUGACAUCAUGUACAUCCACACCAAAUUUAGGUUUUUACAGAUGUUCAGAAUUAUGUUGCCUUCAUGUCAAUGCAGAUGUGGCCACUACUUACUGUAGCCUUGGUGAGAAAGGUAGUGGGGAAGGGAGGAAGUGUCUUCACUGGUCAGUUUCAGUGAUUCCUUGUAUACUUGUAAUCAUGUAAGCCUGUGUUGAUCAUUGAUCAAUAAAUAUGUUGUACACUUUGA